AUGUGUUCAGCUACCGAGGGCUCUUCAAUCAUUCUUGAAUUGCCAAUUGCAUACCAUCUUCAAAUUUGGGUGUCGAUCAAAACCGUUACCAGCCCAAUUCCAGGCGAGGAGCAGGCCGCUCACGAGGUGCUCGCGCUCAUCCUCAUCCAUCUCGCUCACUACGACCCAAUCUCCCGUCUGACAUAUCGUUCCUUACCUAAUAUCACGAUCCGUCUCUCGAAUUCAAUUGGCGAUACACUUCAAAGAGUCACUGUUGUAGCUGAUACCGGCACCAAUAUUAUUGGAACUGGCGAUGACCCAUCUAAAAAGGAAGCGGAAAAACUAGCGGCCCUCUCUGCCUGUUUUCAACUUGGCUCUCAAAAUCUCUUUGAUAACAACAACCUUCCUAUCGAUCCGGUUUCGACUCGUACUUCUUCUCACGCUCUUUCGGAUGGAACCGCUCUUACGUUAGAUAAAGCUAGAGCUUAUAUGGAUUUCUAUUGUCGCAAGUUUCGUUUCGGAAAACCUGAUAUCACCUACGAAAACUUACGAAACCCUAAAGGACGCGAAUCUUGGUCCGCCACCCUGUUUGUGAGUGGAAGACGGAUCGGAAUGGGGGUGUCUCGUGCUAAGAAGGAUGCUUCCAAUGAAGCUUAUAAAGACACGGUAGUCUACUUAUCCGAAUGCGACCCUGAACUUUGGGCAGAAUUUCAAUCUAGCAGUGAAGCUCAGAAUGCACAUGUUGGCACGGUACCGGACGUUGUCUUCAGACUGAGUAACGAGAUGGAUGAUGAUCUUCGUGAUCUAGUUAGAUCCUCAAGAGAAAGCGAACUAUAUCGUCGCGCCAAAGUCAUGUUGGAAAGUGCUCGUGGUUCACGCUUAUUGGUGGAACAAACUCUUGUACGGUCAAAUACACGACGUUCAAACCCUUCACUGUCAGAUAAGGCACGGCAGGACGCUCUGACGGCUAAAUCCGAGGUGCUUUCAGAUCGUCUAGGUCAGUAUCAAACGGAUGACAAACGCCACGUAGUGGCCUUACGCGAACAGCGGACUGCUCUUCCUGUUACGGCCCAUGCUUCUUUGGUACUUUCUGCACUAGCCACCAACCCUGUCACGAUCUUGAUGGCAGCGACGGGUUCAGGAAAAACUACACAAGUCCCUCAGCUCAUUUUGGAUUCAGCUACGAUGCGAGGCAAUGGCGCAAAGUGUAAUAUAAUCUGUACCCAGCCCCGCCGAAUUGCUGCCAUCAGUGUUGCACAAAGGGUAGCAAAUGAGAGAAAUGAGCAAUUAGGUGAAUCGGUUGGUUAUCAAGUACGAUUCGAAGCUAAACCUCCGACGCCCGAUGGGAGUAUACUUUUUUGCACCACUGGAGUCUUCCUCAGACGAUUACAAAAUGACAUGGAGAGCGCUGAUGGAGCUUUCCUGGACCCGAUCACUCAUGUCGUCGUCGAUGAGGUUCAUGAGCGUGAUAUCGAUACCGAUUUACUGCUGUUUUGUCUUCGCAAAGUCCUGAAAGACCGAAAAGAAAAGGGCAAACCAGAAAUCAAAGUUCUAUUGAUGUCUGCCACAGUCGAUCCUUCGUUGUUUGAGAAGUACUUUGCUGAUUCGAAGACGGAGAAGCUGGCUCCUGUUAUAUCUGUUCCUGGUCGCUCGUUUCCUGUUGAAAAACACUACCUUGAAGAACUGAACGGUCAACUAGUCAAACUCGCGCUUCCCCAAAACCGAGGUGGCUGGGUAUGGAACGACGAAAAAGUUCGUAAAUACAUGCACCGCGAACUACAGGAACCCUUAGACAUAGAUCCACACAGCGGAAAAGUUCAACGUGAUAGUGAUGACCUCGAGAUGCCUUAUGCACUGAUUGCUUUGGUCGUAGCGUGGGUUUUGUCAAAAUCGACAGAUGGACAUGUUCUCGUUUUCUUGCCUGGUUGGGAUGAAAUCAAAGGAGUUCAGAAUAUCUUGUUAGAUAAUGUUCAAUUCCCUCUACUCGGCUUGAACUUCAAUGACUCCAGUCGUUUCGAAGUACACGUCUUACACUCUGCUAUUCCUGUGGUCGAUCAACAAAAAGUCUUCACACCACCAAGUGAAGGUGUCCGGAGAAUUAUACUUUCCACCAACAUUGCCGAAACGUCUGUCACGAUUCCCGAUGUGGUAUUUGUGGUCGACACUGGAAAAAUCAAAGAAAAACGAUUUGACCCUGAGCGACAUCUUUCAUCGCUUGUGACAGCUUGGGUAGGCACUUCUAAUCUCAAUCAGCGUGCCGGAAGAGCUGGACGUCACAGAGCGGGAGACUACUACGGCCUAUUAAGUCGCAGGAGAUAUGAAGCUCUCAAUAUUCAUUCGACCGUCGAGAUGAAGAGGACAGACUUGAGUAAUUUGGUAAUGCAUGUAAAGGCAUUGAAUUUUCCUAAUAUGGAAGCUGAAGAUGUAUUGGAUCAAACAAUCGAGCCUCCUGAAAGAGAACGAGUAUCUGCAGCCAUGUCCCACCUUCAAACCAUUGGCGCAUUGGACAGAUUUAAAGAUCUUACUGCUCUUGGUCGAGUUUUGCUUCAACUUCCGGUGGAAGCUCAAAUAGGAAAACUAUUAUUGCUAGGCUCAUUCUUCAAAUGUCUUGAACCGGCUCUCAAUCUUGCUGCUAUCUUAACCAACAGAGAUCCUUUCCUCUCCCCACCAUCAGCCAAGACAGAGGCCGAUCGAAUCAAAUCAUCUUGGGCUCCCUUUGCCUUUCGAUCAGAUCCUCUAGCCUGUUUAGCUGCUUUCACGGCAUGGUCUCAGUUUCAAGAUAGAAAUGAAACUCAGCGUGCCUAUCGAUUUGCUAAUGAGAACUUUUUAUCGAAACCCACCUUGGGCCAAAUUUCACAAGUCAAAACUCACUUGCUUUCUUCAUUACGACGUGCUGGUGUGCUCGCCAUUAGUGGAGGUGGUGAAUCCAAUAAUCGACACCGACACCAGGUUGGUAUACCUCCGCAAUUAAAUAAAAAUUCGGAUAGCUUGCCAUUGCUGGCUGCUUUGAUUGCAGUGGCUGUCGCGCCGAACUUUGCGGUCAGAAAGAGCACCAAAGUCAUGGCCACAGAAAAGGAUCGGACGUGUUUCAUCAACCUCUCGAGUGUAAACUCUCAUAAGAAAGAAGCAGCAGCAGCGGAUGAUAUUCCGCUACAAAAUGAACGCCAACUCUUUGCCUUUGGUGAAAAAAGUUUAUCACUUCCUCGACCAGGCGAGAAGGGACAAGGUCAAAUGUCAUUGAGGUCAACAACCAGACUUGACCCACUUGGUUACAUGCUCUUCGGAGCCCGUCGACUGCAGGCUUAUCCACGAGGACUUCAAUGUGAUGGUUGGCUUCCGAUAACUGGCAAUGAAGGUGCACUGGAUGAUGUUGAAAGGCUAAAGGAGGUACUUGAUGCGUCACUCUUACGAGUUUUCGACGGUCUACAAGCUCAAAUCUUUCGCAAACAUCAACCCAAGAUCGUCCACCAAACUAUUGCUAAAAAUUCAGCGCGUAAUGUGGCACCCAAUCCUGAUUCAGCUGCUAACAGUGUUUCAGAUGAGGUAGGAGAAGACGAAGAGGAAGAUAAACCUGAAGAAGAAGUCCCACCACCAGAAGUAAAAGAGCUAACUUCAGAUGAGAUUAAAGAUUUAGAAAAAUUGACUGAAGGGGUUGUCUCACUCCUCAAUCGAUACUCAGAGGAACGAUUAGCAGCUGAUUCUUCACGUGCACCUAGUCGACCUGACAGUCGAGCUAACUUUAAUAAUUAUCAAUCUGGAAGUAAUCAUUCUACUAGACCUCCUAGUCGAUUAACAGAAAGGAUCGGACCACCAAAUCAUUCUACUGGUGUACCUUCUGCACUUGCACCUGGUGGUAUGAUGAGAGCUUGGGGUAACACUCCUGGACCAUCUCACAGUGGCACGCCGGGCAUCAGUCGUGCAAACAGUCAAGUAGGAAGUUGGAGAUGAUUGAAAGGGAACUUUCUUUCUUUUUAGCUGACACCUAAGAUUCAACUUUUAGCUUUUGUUGACUUUAAAAGGAAUUCACAAAUCAUGGAUUUCGAAAACAGUCUAAGAGUUCCGAUGUUUUUUUCGAUACUCGACAUUUGUUUUUCCCUUUUUUUGUUGAUAAUUUUUUCUUUCGCAGCAUAUGAUUCCUAAUGAAUAAUAGAUAGAUAUGAUUCAAUUCACCGUGUAAUCUUUACCUCUUUUUUCGUGUUUUUUUUCAAUUCUAAAAUAUUGAUAUCAUCAUGAUGGCCUUUAUCCACCGAACGAGAUGCAACAGAGCUAAACUUAUACAU